AUGCUGAAGGUGCAGCUCUCGUCGCCGUCCCCGGACGGUCCGCUGCAGACGACGCCCAGUCUCGCGGACCUCAGCAGAAAUGCCUCUGUGAUCUCCUCCUCCUCCAGCUCCAGCUCCACCUCAGACCUCACUCUCCAGUCCCCGGAGCGUCCCCGCCCUCUCCGAACCUUUUCGUCGCCACGCUCUAGGAGUCCCCAGUCUCCCUCCACCCCUCGCGGCUCCAGACCGCCAGCAUACCUCGCUAGAGAGCUCGGUCUCGCGGAGCACAACGAUGACAGGCCCGCAGAGUUGCGCCCUCCCGCUUCGCGAGCGCCGUCCAAGUCCCGCAGCAGCUCGGUCAAUGGCCGCAACGCUGCGGACGACUACGAGUUCGGGCGUGUGCUCGGCGAAGGCUCGUACUCCACUGUGAGACUCGCCAAACACCGUGUCACCCACCAGGAGUAUGCUAUCAAGAUACUAGAUAAGGGUCAUCUGCGUCGCUACGGCAAAAUGCCCAUCGCUCUCGCAGAGAAGAAUACCUUGGUUCGGCUGGGUGCAGGUCAUCCAGGAAUCGUGCGGUUGCAUCAGGCGUUUCAGGACGAGUGGAGUUUAUACUUUGUUCUGGAUCUCGCGCGGAAUGGGGAACUGAAGGAUCGAAUAUCCUGCAUGGGCUCUUUGUCAACUGCCUGCGCCCGCGUGUAUGCGGCGCAGAUUGUCGACGCCCUGGACUACAUGCAUUCCAGAGGUGUCAUCCACCGUGAUCUUAAGCCAGAGAACCUGCUAUUGGACGACGACCUCCGGAUCAAGAUCACCGAUUUCGGCACUGGGAAAAUUCUCGACCCCGGAGGUGAACGAACCAAGACCUUCGUCGGCACGGCCCAGUAUGUCGCUCCGGAGCUGCUCGAAGACAGUCAGACAAGCGAAAGUUCGGACUUCUGGGCCCUGGGCUGCAUCCUCUAUCAGAUGAUAUCAGGGCGCUUUGCGUUCCGCGGGCUCUCGGACUACCUCACGUACCAGAAGAUCAAGCAGCUCGACUACGCCUUUCCGGACGGGUUCGACGCGCAGGCCGGGGACCUCGUGCGAAAGCUUCUCGUCCGCGACCCGGCCGCGCGGCUGGGCGCCGGCCCCGCCGGGAGCCCGUACGACAUGAAGGCCCUGCGCGCGCACCCGUUCUUCGCGUCGAUCAGCUGGGGCACCCUCUGGACGGACCCCGUCCCGCCGCUCGAGCCUGGCCUUGUCAAGAGGCCGCACGCGAACGGGGGCAGCUCAGAGGAUGCCAACCGGUCGUGGGCGGAGCUCGUCGCGGAGGGCGAGGAUCCCGCCGACGACGAGAUCAGCUGGGCGUCGGACGGCGAGGGCGCCGUGUACGACGAGCUCUCCAAGGCCGCGGGCGCGAAGGCGCCGAACGGGAACACGAACGGGAAAACGAAUGGGAACGGGUAUUUCCCGGGAGGAGAGGUAGGGCCGAUGGGAGAGCGCCGACCGUACUUUGCACCGGUCCCCGUGCCGGUCCCCCAGCGCGAAGACGGGGUGCGAGAAACGAUGCCGCCGCCUUCGGCCAGCGCGGGGUCUGUAGUGCGCUUCGCGGCGGUCCCUGAGGAGGGAUCUGCGGAGGCGGAUGUGGAUGCGGACUCGUUCGAGCUGCGAAGCUCCGCCAAGGCGAUUCCUGCGGCCGCGAAGGCGCAGCCGAUCGACGUGCCGCGCGUUCCCCUUGUCGAAUCGUACUCCACCGGAUCUGCGACGAGCUCUUCGGAGGGCAGCCCGGUGGACAGAUUGGACGGGCUCGCUGUCAACCGCGGGCGAAACCGCGCGCAGAUACCGAUACAGGGCAACGGCGUUAUUGCGGACUCGGAAUGGACGACGCUGCUGCUUCCCGGGGAGAACCUCGUCUAUAACUCAGUUAUCGAGCCGAGUGCCCCGAGGCGGCGUGCGAGCCGGUUGCUUGCGAUGGCGGUUACGCCGCGGAGGUUCAAGAUACGGGAGCUCGUGUUGACGACGCACCGGCUGCUCUGCGUGAAGCGGAAACCGGGCCGGCCGCUGCAGACGCGGCUUGAGCUCUUCUUACGCCAAUGCGACAGGGAGAAGGACCUGCGGCACGUCGUCACGGGCGUGGAGGCCAAGGGCGAGCGCGAGUUUGUGGUAAUGACGGGAACGAAGUCGCAUUGUUUCAUCGCUGGCAGUGCCACCCUAGCCAGCAGCUGGAUGCGGGAGAUCCGCGCUGCCCUCGAGAGGUCGCAAGGACCGCCGAGUACGCGCCAACCUGUGCCUUCGCACCAGUGCUCACGGACGUGA